AUGUCAGUCAGUUAUGUCAAAUGUUCAUUCUUGUUUGUCUCUGUCCCUCCCUGGUUUACUUUGUGAUGUCGUCGUCGAGUAACGAGUUGUGUCGUCUUUUGUAAAAGAUUUAAUAAGAAUUUCCUGGACUUUUUGGUGAACGUGAAUAACUUGUGUAGCUUUAUGCAUCUGAAAGUGACUUCUUGUGAAAUUUGUUUUGUGCUGGACUUGUGAUUAUAAGUUUCUAAUUUUAGUCAUCCCUAGCGGGAUUGUUUGGCAAAAUGAUGACCGAAAAUAGAAUUAGUUCAAGUAAUCACGUUGGCAAUAGUUUAAAUAAUCAGAAGGGAGAUGUCGAUAAAACAAUUGAUGAAGUCGGUUGGAAAUCAAAAUUAAAAAUACCCCCAAAAGACAGAAGAAUAAAAACUAGUGAUGUGACAGAUACUAGAGGUAAUGAAUUUGAGGAGUUUUGUCUAAAGCGUGAGCUCUUGAUGGGCAUUUUUGAAAAGGGCUGGGAGAAACCAUCCCCAAUUCAAGAGGCUUCUAUUCCCAUAGCUCUAAGUGGUAAAGAUGUUCUGGCACGAGCUAAAAAUGGUACCGGCAAAACUGGUGCUUAUUGUAUUCCAGUCUUAGAACAGGUGGAUCCAAAAAAAGAUGCUAUACAAGCUUUAAUUGUGGUACCUACAAGGGAGCUAGCACUCCAAACAUCACAAAUUUGCAUUGAGUUGGCUAAGCACACAGACAUUCGAGUAAUGGUGACGACAGGUGGUACCAACCUCAAAGAUGACAUUAUGCGUAUCUACCAAAAUGUUCAAGUGAUAAUAGCUACGCCAGGUAGGAUGAUUGAUCUCAUGGAUAAACAAGUUGCCAAGAUGGAUCAGUGCAGAAUGUUGGUCCUUGAUGAGGCAGAUAAGCUCCUCUCUCAAGACUUCAAAGGCAUGCUGGACAAAGUUAUUAUGAGAUUACCCAAAGAACGCCAAAUCUUGCUGUUUUCUGCCACUUUCCCACUUAGUGUGAAACAGUUCAUGGAGAAGCACCUCAGGGAGCCCUACGAAAUCAAUCUUAUGGAAGAGUUGACAUUAAAAGGAGUAACACAGUACUAUGCAUUUGUACAGGAGAGGCAGAAGGUUCACUGUUUAAAUACCCUGUUUUCAAAGUUACAAAUAAACCAGUCUAUAAUAUUCUGCAAUUCUACUCAACGUGUGGAGUUAUUGGCUAAAAAGAUAACUGAGCUAGGGUAUUGCUGCUAUUACAUCCACGCGCGCAUGGUGCAGGCACAUCGUAAUCGGGUGUUCCACGAUUUCCGCGCUGGGCUGUGCCGCAACUUGGUGUGCUCGGAUCUCUUCACGAGAGGCAUCGACGUGCAGGCUGUCAAUGUCGUCAUCAAUUUCGAUUUUCCGCGUAUGGCAGAGACUUAUCUACAUCGCAUUGGUCGCUCUGGCCGUUUCGGUCAUCUAGGUAUCGCGAUCAAUCUGAUCACUUAUGAAGAUCGGUUCGCACUGCACCGCAUCGAGCAGGAACUGGGCACGGAGAUCAAGCCGAUCCCGAAGGUCAUCGACCCCGCCCUGUACGUGUCGCGCCCCGACGACGAUGACUCGGCUGACAAGUAACGCCAUGCCGCCGCUAUAUUUCGCAGCACGCAUUAUGUGCGCACUCCUACUAUUUGGACUUGCUGACUGGUGAAUUAGUUUAAAAUAUAACAAAAACAAAAAACUUAUUUGUAAAAAGUGUAAUGAAUUUAUUAUAACAAAAUGUGAGUGUAAAUAGUUAUCGUGAGCUAAGACUUUGAACCUGAAAAGGGUCACUUUUUUAAAGUGUAUAUAAAACGAACAUCAGGACUCGAUCGGUGAUUUGACGCUCUUUGUCCAUAUUGGAUACUGUGCGUGUGCACCAUUGUUGAAACAUAAAAUAUUUAUCUGAAUACCAACUGCUGAGUCUACCUAGAUUUGUCUCUGAUCUUAACAUGAAUUGUGGUAGACUUAAAAUACGAUUGUAAAAUGUAAAAUUUCUACCCAUAUUAUAUUGAGUAAUGAGCUAGCACCAUAUUAAUUUUCUUACCUAAAAAAUAUCAUUUCUGCAGUAUGGGUAGAAAUUAAAGACUAGCUCGAAUCUCAUUUCAUCACAAUAAAUAAAUUUUUAGUCUAUUGAGACAGCUUAACAAAGACUAUUUCUGGCCGCUUGGAAUAGUCUUAUAUUUCUGCAAGCCGUGUACGCCAAGCAAUGGCGUGAGUUAAUUUGAAUGAACAAUGGAAUUUGAUCUCGUGUCUUUUUAUCGUUUUCGUGGGAUAAUAUGAACAUAAUCAUGAUAUGAUUAAUUCAAAUAAACUCAUUACAUUGUUUGUAAUAAUAGGUUUUGAAUAAUGAAAGUUUUAAAUAUUUUAUAAACAAGCGGUUUUGUCACAGCCUUAAAAUGUAUGGAUAGACAAGACUAACGCGGGCGUACCUGAUGAGCCGGAGAUAAAUAUAUUUUAUAGUAGUACAUUUUCUUGUUGGCGAGAAAGAUUUUUUAAAUCAAAAUCUUAUGUUUGGUACGCUGACUGCUGAGUUUUGGCUGAAAAGGUGAAAGAUUCUUAUUGAGCCAGCUUCAGGAAAAGCUGUGACACUAACAAGGCAGGGGAAUGAGUUGUUUUGUUACGGCUUGCAAGUACAGCACAUUGCUCUGUCUCAUUUAAUUUGGAGAGCUUUUUGUUUUGCAUUUUUUAAAUUCUAAAAAUUUUGCUCUCUUGGGGGGGAUUAAAAAGUGAGGAUUUCAAGUGAAGAGUGGGCUAUAUUUACCAGUUCAACGAAAGCAAUAAUUCACUGUUAAAAACUGCCAUUUAUAUAGAAAAGCUCUACAAGUUAUUUAUGGAAAACUAAAAUUUUGAUGAUCCUAGUUUAUAUGUAACAAAGAAAUUCUUAUUCUACUUUUUGUUAUUGCUUGAUGCAUCAACUUAGGUCUUGUAAACCGAUUACCUUACCUUAUUGUAUUUUAUUUAUUAAUUAUAGUUUCUUAAAAAUCUGGAAAAGUGGCAAUGGCCUAAAUUGUUAAUGGUUUGCCAUUCCCUUGAAUUGUACCUGUAUAAAAUAUUACAGUAUUUUUGUCAAAAGAUUCGACAUAAGAUUUAAUUUUGCAUAAGUUUUGGGUCUUCCAAAUGGUAAAAACGAUGUUCACCAAAAACUUAUUAUAUGGUGCCUUCAGGCCACCUAAUCAAUUUGAAUCGAGGGAUUUUAAUUGUAAAUGCAUCUUGUGAUAAAUAGUAAAUUUAAAAGCAUAUCAGAAUAGUCCAUAGAAGUGAUUUAGAUCAUGCCUCAAAUAUACAUAAAAAAUAUUGUUUCGCUAUUGUUAUACGUUUUGUUUUCUUUAUAAAAAAAUAGCCAAAAAUAAAACUCUUCACGCCAAAACAA